AUGAGUGGAAUCGUGCUGCUUUCUCUGGUGUCCUUGGCCGCGGCCACGCCAGUGAUCGUGGACCAAGAUGGAAGACACUACAUGAUGCAGUUAUUUAGCGGCCACUUUGCGAUCGAUCGAUCUGAUCAGGAGAUCGCCGGUACUUCCGGAAGCAGUGGUUACGGAAGUAGUAGCUACGGGGGUGACUACGGGGGUGGCUACGGAGGUGAUGAUCUCGGAGGUGGCCAUGGGGGUGGUGGCAGUUUCGAUGCUGGUUCCUCCGGCGGGCAUUUAGAGUCCGGUGGUGGUCUCGACGGCGGUCAUCAAGAUUUCUCUUCCGGCGGUGGAUAUGACAAUGGUCACGGCGGUGACGAUGGCGGCCACGGAGUCUCGCUGGACAGCGGGCAUAAUUAUGUUCACAGUGUUCCUGUGUCUGAACACGUCGAAGUAACAAAGCCCGUAGCCGUACCAGUCUACAAACACAUCGGUAUACCGGUCCCGAAAUCAGUGCCGAUAGCUGUGCCUCAUCCGGUAGCAGUUGGUGUUCCACAACCUUAUCCCGUUCAUGUUCCCGUACCGAAGCACAUUCCCAUACAAGUUAUAAAAACAAUAGCGGUUCCGGUAGAGAAGAAGGUGCCUUAUCCUGUGGAGAAGCACAUACCAGUACCCAUUGAGAAGCCGGUACCUAUCACAAUCGAGAAACACAUCCCCGUUCCAGUCAUAAAGCCGUAUCCCAUCAGAAUUCCCGUUUACAAAACCAUUUACCAUCAUGCGAAGAAUUCCCAUUGGGACUUUGAGCAUCAUGGCGGCGGCGGGCUUACGCUGGGAGAAAUUUCCUUAGAUCAUCAUGACUUGGGAGCUUUUAGCCUAGGAGAAAGUCAUUCCUUAGAUUUGUUGGGAGGUUUGCCGAUAAAAGUUAGUGAUUGGCACUCGACUAUCAGCGGUCUUCACGGAGCCAAUGUCAUUCCCAUUGUUAAACAUAUUGACUAUUUAUUGCUUAUUAAACAUUUUCAAGCGACUUAUUUUAUUUUUAUGUUGCAUGAUAUCCGCGGCGACGUAGGAAUACCGACGAUCCAACAGGUCCCAAUCAGCGUACCGCACCCAGUGGUGCAAACGGUCCCGCAACCUUAUCCCGUUCAUGUGCUAGUACCGAAACCUGUACCAUUCGAGGUGGAGAAGCAAGUGUUUAAGACUGUCGAGAAAAAGGUACCGACGCCCGUCGAGAAAAUAAUUCCGAUUAAGAUCGAGAAGCCGGUACCAUUUCAUGUGGUAAAACACGUGCCCGUGCCAGUCGAAAAGCCGAUUCCGAUCAAGAUUCCAGUCUACAAGACCAUCGUGCACACAGUUUUUUUGUUCAGUCUUGUUUCGUUCGGCGAUAUGGUGUUAGCUAACCAUUAUGCCGAGGAUCACGGUGGUUCAUCGUAUGAAGAGAAAACAAAAGCUGUAGAAAUUCCAAUUAUUAAAAAAUAUGCUAUACCUAUCCCGCAUCCUGUACCUGUCGAAGUGCCCAAGGAAAUUCAAAUACCAGUGCCUCAGCCCUACAAGGUGCCAUUCGAGAUCCCUCAUCCAUAUCCGGUCGAAGUUGUUAAACACGUCGAGAUACCUAUCGAGAAGCCAGAGCCUUUUAUUGUCGAGAAGCAUGUCCCUUAUAUCGUGGAGAAGCCAUAUCCCGUCUACGUGGAGAAGAAAUUCCCCGUGCCAGUGGCGAAACCAUAUCCCGUUCAUGUCCCAGUCUACAAACACGUGGUGCAUUACACGUCUAAGGGUAAAGGGCAUUAA